UCAUUACCUUGUCACGGAACUGGCCCUGAAGAUAAAGCCCGGUGGCUGGAGGCCGGUUGCGUAGUGAGUCUGCGGCCAGAUUCAGAGAUGCAGAUGGCGAAGCUCCUUCACACUCAGUUUUUCCUGUUACUUCUCGUUGUGGCCACCAACAGCAGCCGUGUCUCGAGGUCAGAUGGGCACGCGGCGAGCUGCACAAAUCCGAGUGGCCAGGCCGGCACGUGUCUCAACAUAAAACAAUGCCCCAGUCUUCUCAAUUUGCUGCGACAACAGAGGGAAAUCCCCGGCGUGGCCGACUUCUUGCGAGCGUCGGCGUGCGGCUAUGAGGGGCGCGACCCCAAAGUGUGCUGUCCGGGCGUCGCGACGGGCACUACCGGACCGCCACCCGAGAACAACACGAGUGCACCAGUCACAGAAUACGUGAGGCUACCAGACCUGUCAGAAUGCGGUAUUGUGGGACCGGCAGUGGAGGACCGACGCGUCGUUGGAGGAUAUCCGGCGGAACUGGGCGCAUGGCCCUGGAUUGUGGCGCUGGGUUACAAGUCAUCACCCUCUGCAGAUGUUAAGUUCCUGUGUGGCAGUGCCCUUAUCACCCAUAAGCAUGUCAUCACAGCAGGACAUUGUGUGCACGGCCGCAGGGACUUGUACAUGGCAAGGCUUGGUGAACUGGACCUGAAAGACGACAACGAUGGGGCCACACCAACUGACAUCUUGAUAGUGGACAGGAAGGUACAUGAGGAAUACAACCCAACAACCUUCGUUAAUGAUAUUGCCAUUCUGAGGUUGCAGGAUGCUGUCACCUUCACAGCCCUCAUUCGGCCCAUCUGCCUGCCACUUGCUCCAGAGAUUCGCACCCGGGACUUUGUGAGGAACUUCCCCUACAUUGCAGGGUGGGGCUCCGUCCAGUUCAAUGGCCCAUCCUCCUCUCAUUUGCAACAGCUGCAGAUCCCUGUAGUCAGUCAGGCACAGUGCAGGGACGCCUUCAAGAAAUUCAGCACAGCCCACAUUGACGAUCAUGUUAUGUGUGCAGGGUAUGCUCAAGGGGGGAAGGACGCUUGCCAGGGUGACUCCGGUGGGCCACUUAUGUGGCCCAAGAGCCAGCGGUUCUACCUGAUUGGCAUUGUGUCAUUUGGAUUUCGGUGCGCGGAACCUGGAUAUCCAGGCGUCUAUACAAGGGUCACUGCCUUCCUGGACUGGAUCACCUCCAAUCUCAUAUAAUUCUGCAUGGCUACAGUACCUAGAGUUCAGGGAAUUGCACUGCAUUGAACUGAGGCCCGAGUGUCCCCUGCAACAGAUUCUCCAGUCACAGUUACACAACGUCUGCUCUUCAGAUCCGGAAGCAGAAUUACGUCCCUUGGGAUAACUAUUCACAUCACAUUUGUGUGUGUGAUACCUGAAUGUUUUUCUGAGUCCCUUGGGGCGGGGUGAGACUGAGUCUACUCGGUAUGUCAGCCACUAUUUGGCCUAUUGCACCAGCCCCAGAUGAUAGAUAAUGUGUGGAGCAGGUGGUGGAAAAAGAAUUGGCAGGGGAAACAGCAGUACUUAGAGAAAAUCAGUCCCAGUGCCACUUUGUCCACCACAAAUUCCAUAUGAUCUGACCUGGUCCACUGUGGUGAGAAGCUGGUGACUAACCACUUGAGCUAUGGCACAGCUGGACCUGAAUCUCCGAUCUGCAAAUUAUGUGCAAUGCCAUCUGAAAGGCUACAAUACCUGAUGGCAGAGACUAAUUUUCGACAGGUUGCUAAGAGCAUUUUGUCAGUGGCGACUUCAAUUACGCUGUUUUCUCUGGACACAUGGUGUGUCCACAUACCGUUUUGUGCAAGAACUUACUGUGGUGUGUGAACAUAUAUAUAUACGUGGAUUAUAUCAAUAACAAAAUUAAAAUAAGUUCAGAGUAUCUUAGGACCCUGUGAGUGGACACAUUCUGUUGGUUUCUAUUUGGAGUUUACACUGUCAGGUUUAUAAUCAGCUCAAACAUAACAGUUCUAUAACAAAUGAAACCUACUCUCAGUAGUAUCAUAAUGCAUACGCUGAAACAACUCAGCCACACAUUACGUUGACAGUAGAGUUUUGUGUUGGCCACCUGUUCGUAUUAGUUAUUAUUGUACCUGUCGCUCAUUUUCAAGGACUUCUGCAGAAUGCAAUUUAGGUGCACAGCUUCAACCCCCCACUGCUACUGAGCUAGGCUUUACUUGACCUUAUGAAUGAAUGUAUGAGGGGUAGGCCUUCUCAGCCCUUGCACCGUGACCUACAGUGGUCUGUGCUGGUCUUCUGUUCAACAUGUCUCACAUGCAGUGUCCCAGAUGCUACGUUCCUUUCAGCCUUCAACCCUCAUUUACAGCACAUUAACAGCAAAUGAGAUUGACAAUAAAGAAAUUUCAAAUUGUUACCGUUGACGAUUUUCAAAAUGUCUGCCAUUAGUGUGCAAACAUGAUCUACAAUGCUAGCAAUGAGAUGCAAAAAUGUG